GAAAGAGUAUGAAAAUUCGGAUCAAUCUUCGGUAUAUGGUGAGUCGAAUAAAAAUAGUGAUGACAAUGAUAAUGUUAACAAGAAACGUUCUCCUGCUAAAGUGUUAUGGUCCUUGCGAAUAAUUUCAAGGUUCAAGAGACUUUUUGCUAAUGCGAGUGAUGCAAAGAAUAUUCGAUGUCAUCCUUAUUGUAGAUUGAGGAAAGCUUUUAACGGAGAGUUGGAGUUCGAAAUCGCUCAUAAGCCUUUAAUGGGUCGUGAAGUUUAUCAACAACAAGAACAUGGUAUUGUUGUCUUUGGAAAUAAUAAAAAAGGUCUCGUUGAGAGAAAUAUUUGGAAAAAGAGGUCGGUGUUAUUUGAUUUUCCAUAUAGGUGUAGCCAAGAUGUGGUUGCUGAGCUGAGAACAAUGAACUGGUUAGAAAUACAAGGCAAAAUCAGAACGAAUAUUCUAACUCCAGACAAGUUAUAUGGAGCAUAUUUAGUAAUGAAAGUUUCUCAUCGAGCUUAUGGACUUGACUCUACUCCUUCAGAAAUAUCAAUUAGGAAAGGAGAGAUGGUAAAGAGAGGGAAAGCAUAUACGUGUACUAAAGAUGAGAAUAAGUCUAAUUUGGAGACAUUUUUUUAUGGAAAUAGAAGAAACAGAAUGGUUCAAGAACAAGAAGAUGGAGAGAAUGUUGGAGUGCCAUGUAAAAGAGAAGAUGGGUGGAUGGAAAUUGAGAUAGGUGAAUUUUUGAGUGGUGAAGGUGAUGAAGAAGAGAUUGAAAUGAGUGUUGCUGAAGUUGGUCAUCAGUUGAAAGGAGGACUUGUUCUUGAAGGCAUUGAAGUGAGGCCUAAACAUGCAUAAUGUUGAAUGUGUGUAUAG